GAAAUGAGUGCAGCCACGACAGCGGCGUAUUUAGCUCGUAGAGCAGUGCAAAAGGAGAGGGUUCGGAUCCUUUACCGCCGUGCCCUGAAAGACACCCUCAACUGGGCCGUCCAUCGCCACCUCUUCUAUCAAGAUGCCUCUGACCUUCGCGAGAAAUUCGAGUUUCACAAGCAAGUGAAAGAUCUUGACACGAUUGACAAAAUGAUAGCUGCAGGUGAAGCAACUUAUAACAAGUGGCGGCAUCCUGAUAUCGUUCCAUGGGCGCCUGGCGGUCCCAAGUUUACUCGGAAUCCUGUUCCGCCAUCUCGGAUUGAGAUUGUGUAUGAUUAUGGUCGAGAAGACAAUGAGUAA